GCUACGGCGGUGCCCGUACCCAUCGACGACUACCUCGAUCCGCUCCAGGAGAGACGCCGACGCGCGCGACGCAUUUGUCAAAUCCAGCAAUACAUCCUGGCUUCGGUGAUAAUAUCCGCCGUGUUCUACGUCGUCUACCUCGCGGCGUUUCAGGUGGGAACCGAGCAUCGGGUGCGGGGGUGAUCGUCGGGCGGGUGAGCGAAGAAACAAAUGUCCGUCGAUGCCGAGGCAGCCACCUCGUCCCCGUCCCCUGACUACGACUACAAGAUGAUAUUGGCGGGUGCCGGUUGCGUCGCGGCGAUGUCCACCUAUGGGGCGUACAGGACCAAGUGGACCAACGUCUUCAAGGCGUCCUACGCCUCCACGUGGCUCACCCUCGGACCCGCGACUCUGAUGUACGUCACGCCGGAUGAGGCGACGCAGCGCGAGAGGAUCGCGAAGGCGUCCGUGGGGCGGGCGACGUCGGUGGAGGCGGGCGGCGGGCGGAUCGGGCAGACCGCCGAGGAGAGGCGCGCGCAGAUCGAAACCAUACGCAGAUCGGUGGAGGGCGGUCGGCGAGAGGCGAAGGCGGAGUUGGAGGCGGAGGCGAAGAAGGGUUGGUGGCGGCGGCGGUGACGGCCCUUACGAACUUUCGUCGCUGAAUACUCACUCAUCCC